CUCAUAUUUCUGAAGCUGUUACUUUAGUUAUUAUCUAACUACAUUGGAUUGAGUGUUGGUUUUCUUUCAGAAGUGAUUUAUAGUUGCACCAACAGGUUAUAGUUAGUAUCAGAUUCAUUGAUGCCUCUUCAAAGCACACCAAUUUUAUUGCAUUAAGGAUAGUACUUUGUGACAAAGAUGGAGGAUGUACCUGCAAUGAAUUCAAUUUCUGCUGCUGGUGGUGAGGAUCUUGGUGCUGAUCAUGACGGCAGUCUUAACUCAGGAAUAGUAAAGCCUGAGCCGUUUAAUGACUUGAACAUCAAACCAGAAAAUGUUGAGGAGUUUUUUGGAGUCAAGGAGGAGAGGGAGUUAUUUUCCAUGGAUGAUAUUGAGUUUGACAGCAACAGCCACUCAGCUACUGGUGGUCCUGAAGCUUCACUAUCCCAAGCUUCAAGAAUCUAUAAGGAAGAUGGUGAAGCUCCUGAAGUAAAUCAUGGCAUCAACCAUAACAGCAGUGAUAAGGAAGACUUAAUCACUAAAACUUCAAAUACUGAGCCUGAUAAAGAGCCUGUGUCAUCAGUUAAAUUGCUCAUAGUGCUGCACAAGAUAUCGGCUGCGGACGUUGAUCAGUUGUGUGCUGAACAUGACAUCAGUCCACAUUCAGCUGAGAGCUGCAAACAGAUGUUGCAUCCAAAGGAGUCCAGUGAAUUACCAGCUAUCCAUAAGCAGAAGUCUCUUCAUGGAGCUGAAGCAGGACGAACCAAGCCAAGUAGGAUGUGUCAGCUCCAUGGAGUUGGGAAUGAAGAUUCAUCUCCCGUGGAUAGAAAUUUGGUUGUGAUAAGUCCCACCACUGCAACUGUUGAUUUAAAGACGAAGCAACGUCCAUCAUUGAAAAGUGAAGUGUUUAAGGCAUCAUCUGAUAAAACUGUGGUGCCAUCUUCACAUCACAAAACUGAUGUGUGCAAAGUUGCCAGUAGAACCUCAGGGACUUCUCUGCACACAACUCUACACUCAAAAUUGAGGCCUCGGAACUAUUCUCAUUGCAGAUUGUCUGCCAGUCAGAAAUGUAGUCUUUUUCAGCCCUCGGCUUGUGUUAAGAAAAUGAAGCCUCUCAACUGUAAUGGUUGCUCCCAUGCUAACUGUAAUAAAUUGCAUGUGGUGGGACCUGAAUCUAAUGUUAAAUCUAAUUCUGAAUUGAAGUGUCAUAAGUGCUCUGUUUGCACCUAUGCAACCAGUAUAAAAGGUAAUCUAACUCAACAUGUUGCAGCUGUUCACAAAAAUGUGAGGCCUCAUAAAUGUAACAUCUGCAGCUACUCAAGCAGUCAGAAAAGUCAUCUAACUCAACAUGUUGCAGCUGUUCACAAAAAAUUGAGGCCUCAUAAAUGUAACAUCUGCGGCUACUCAAGCAGUCGGAAAAGUCAUAUAACUCAACAUGUUAAUGCUGUUCACAAAAAAUUGCAGCCUCAUAAAUGUAACAUCUGCAGCUACGCAGCCAGUCUGAAAAGUAAUCUAACUGAACAUGUUGCAGCUGUUCACAAAAAUGUGAGGCCUCAUAAAUGUAACAUCUGCGGCUACUCAAGCAGUCGGAAAAGUAAUCUAACUAAACAUGUUGCUGCAGUUCACAAGAAUUUGAAGCCUCAUAAGUGAAACAUCUGCUGCUUGAGUAGCUGCAGAUCUCAUAAAAGUGAUCUAACUCAACAUGUUGCUGCAGUCUUAAGAAGUCCUAUGCAUUGUUGUUGUAUUGUUGGAAUAGAGGAAUAUCUUCAAUGGUAAUCUACAAGUUCAAGUCAAUCAGAUCCAUAGAAAGCUUACUACUUAUUCUCUGUUAACCAACCCCAGCUUGUUAUCAUUUAGGACUGCCAUGUUCAGUGUUUGACAGAGAUAUUUCUUCAUUGAAUUGGUGUGUAUCAUUGAAAUCAUUGGUGACCAUGGAAAAGACUAUUUUUUGCCAUAUUUUUUAUGUUGCAUUUUCCGUUCAAUAAAGUAGCCAUUAGAAAUAACGGGAGUAAGAAAUUUAAUUGUUUUUCAAGCUCAUCGUCUAUUUGUUUAAUAAUCUUUGAUGGAGAUACCAAAUGAGUGAUGUUUUAUGUGAUUUCUGCAGUCUUGAAUGACAACGUUGUUUGGUGCAUGUCAUGACAUGUCAUCAAAUUUCUUCAUUUAUAAAUGUCAGAUGCUUGUGUUCAAUGUUGAUAAGUUUUAACAGUUCAUGAUGGUCAGGGAUAUGAUCAAAAUGCGACCCGGCAGAUUUAAAGUAUAGUAUGCACAACAGAAACUCGCAAAUAUUUUCUAGAAGAAUUGUUUCUUUAGAAGAGAAUAGUUUCUACUGUAACAAUAGGUUGAUGUCAUUUUCACUCUAUUUCAUGGAAAUCAUACCUAGAUCACUUCUGCACUCAUUGUGUUUAGCUAAACUUGACUUUUAUUGCAAUAAAAUGCAAUAAAAUUACUAUUUUA